GUUACGCACCGCACGCACUCACUCACUCACUGCAUCCACAGAGAGAGAGAGAGGGAUGGCAGGUGAAUCGAACGCCUCUCUGUUGAAUGACCACAAAGAGAAGCAUUUCACGGCGGGCGAGAUCGUGCGAGACAUCAUAAUCGGGGUUUCUGAUGGCCUCACCGUCCCCUUCGCCCUCGCCGCGGGCCUCUCUGGCGCCAACGCCACUUCCGCCGUCAUUGUCACCGCCGGCGUGGCCGAGAUCGCCGCCGGCGCCAUAUCCAUGGGCCUCGGAGGUUACUUGGCUGCGAAAAGCGAAGCAGAUCAUUAUAUGAGAGAGUUGAAGAGAGAGCAGGAUGAGAUCAUUGCUGUGCCUGAUACAGAAGCUGCGGAGGUAGCAGAGAUAUUGUCGGAGUAUGGGAUUCAGCCGCAUGAAUAUUCGCCGGUGGUAAAUGCACUCAGGAAAAAUCCACAAGCCUGGCUUGAUUUCAUGAUGAAGUUUGAACUGGGAUUGGAGAAGCCAGAUCCAAAGAGAGCAAUGCAGAGCGCAAUGACGAUCGCCAUAGCUUACAUAGUGGGUGGGAUAGUCCCACUUUUCCCCUACAUGUUGAUAUCCAGUGCAGAUAGAGCUGUAAUUGCUUCUGUCAUCGUUACUCUUCUUGCGUUGCUUAUCUUUGGCUACGGCAAAGGUCAUUUCACCGGAAGCAAACCCUUCUGGAGUGCUCUUCAGACCACCUUCAUCGGAGCCAUCGCAUCCGCUGCUGCUUUUGCCAUGGCCAAGCUUGUACAAGGAUGAUAAUCAUUUAUUCUCACUCUUGGACUAAUAAGGCAAUUUUCUUAGGGCUUUUUUUUUGAUAGAUUUUGCCUUAUUUCAAUA